AUGAAACGUAAAAGAGCCUCAUUGCCGUCACCAUUUUCUUCUUCGACGUGUCAGCAGAAAUACGAUGUAUUUCUUAGUUUCAGGGGUGAGGAUACCCGUAAUACUUUUACGGACCAUCUAUAUGAUGCUUUGCAACGAAUGGGCAUUAUUACCUUCAGGGACGAAGAAGGACUUGAGAGAGGAGAAUCUAUUGCUUCUGAGCUCUUCAAAGCAAUAGAAGAAUCACAGUUUGCUAUCAUAAUUCUUUCAAAAAACUAUGUAUCUUCUAAGUGGUGCUUGGAUGAGCUUGCCAAGAUUAUCAAAUGCAGAAAGGAAAUGGGACUGACAGUAUUUCCAAUUUUUUACAAUGUAGACCCAUCUGAUGUACGAAAACAAACAGGAACUUUUGAGCAAGCCUUUAUUGAUCACCAAAAAUGCUUUGAGGAUAACAUAAAGAGGGUGGAAACAUGGAGGGCUACUUUAAGAGAAGUGGCUAAUAUCUCUGGUUGGCAUCUACAAAAUAGGUAA